AUGCCUCGCCGUAAAUCAUUCGCCGCCACUGCAGCGGACAGCACCCCCGGACCGAAGAAAGCCGUGCACAAGCGACAACUUUCUGCCAAUGCCAGCCCAGCAGUCGGCACGCCCGGUUCGCGAGCGUCAAAACGUUUGAGGGAUUCUGCAUCAAAAGCGCCAGCAUCAGCUACGCCCAAGAAGUCCAAGUACUUCGACAGCGGCAGCAGCGAUGAAGUGGAUGUGGACGAGACCACUUCAAAUGAUGCAGAAGUGUCCGGCUACGAAGAUGAAGAGGUCGAGGUGGAGGACUCGCCAAGUCAGGAGGCAAGCGAAGAGGAGUACGACUCCGAGGAAGAUGCCAAGCCCCGACGGAGAAAGACAGGGAAGAAGGCGAGCGGCGCCUCAUCGUCCACAGGCGCAAACUCGCAGCUAUGGCGAGAAGGGGUCAAGGCUGGUCUCGGACCGGGCAAGCAGGUUUUUAUUGCGAAGCCAAAGCCACGAGGCGAUGGCGGCAUCAAGUAUCUACCAGAGCGGAUCCAUCCAAAUACCAUGCUUUUCCUCGCCGACCUCAAAGCCAACAACGACCGAGAAUGGUUCAAAAUGCACGAUCCCGACUAUAGACAAUCGUGGAAGGAUUGGGAGAGCACUGUUGAAGCACUUACCGAGAAAAUAUCAGAGGUUGACGAAACGAUCCCAGAAUUGCCGCCGAAAGACCUAGUAUUCCGAAUAUACCGUGACAUUCGGUUCAGCCCAGACCCGACGCCUUAUAAGCCACAUUUUUCAGCAGCAUGGUCUCGUACGGGGCGGAAGGGACCGUACGCGUGCUAUUAUGUCCAGAUCUCACCGCACGGCCAAAGUUUCGUGGGAUCAGGGCUGUGGAUGCCCGAAGCGCAACCACUAUCUUUACUCCGCCGUGACAUCGAUCGCAAACCGGAAAGACUGCGAAGAGUACUGACUGAUCCUGCGAUGCGUAAGCACAUACUGGGAGGUGUACCCAACGACGAGAAGAAGGCUAUCAAAGCUUUUGCCGCUCAAAAUGCGUCCAACGCCCUCAAAACCAAGCCGAAGCGAAAUUAUUUCGCCAUCAUCCCGCAGAACGUCACCACAUGUGACGGCCAGGGAGCAACUCAGGCGGCUCUGGCAGCUGAAGGGCAGCCGUCCAACUUACAGAUGUGUUGA